AUGGUCCCCCAUGAGCUAGAGUCGCUUCUCAACCGGUUACAACAACAGUACGCCUCGAACAAAGACAUCGUACAAGCUUUUAGGGAGCAAGUUGUCUCCAAGAUUCCCCUGUCCGAUGACAUCAUUCCCCGGGGAUUGUCAACGAUUUCAUCGGUCUCUUACCAAUUACAAGGCGGUGCUGACACUUUGACUAGCAUCUAUAGUCCAGAGCGCACAUUCCCAGAAAUACAUAAGGACUCUGUAUUACUGCCCCAACGAGGCGAUUCGCCGACACUGUUCACAAAUUCGCCCGAUGCCUUUUAUCGGGUCUAUCUCGCCAUGCGGUGCCCAUAUAAGGAGAUACACAUUUACAGGAGAUCGUUGCGAGUUCUUCUAGAGAUGUGUGAAUACUACGCACGUCAGCAUUUACUCUCCCGUAUCAAAGACCACGAUGACGCAAUCAAGUCCGUAGUCUGGAGGUGGUUCCAUAUCUUUUACGAGCAGCUCAUAGCAUGGUCAGAACUCCUCUAUCUGGAAACACUCGUUCGUUGGCGAGACAUCAAGAUAGCCGUGGAGAAUUUAUAUACCACCUGCCCAAGUAUAAUUCGGGAUGCUCCAAUACAUGUCUUCCAGCCAUCCAGCCAAGAAACAAUACCGGCACUCGAAUUCGUCUUGGGAAGCCAAGGGAGUGUCAAGACGUUGUUCUCCUUGGAGGACGAUGAAACAUCGACAAUCAUGGAGCUUCUGGACGAAGCAUUGGACCACCUGCCUACACACAGCCCCUUUCACAAGACAGCAUUUCACACGCUGCGUAAAUUGUGCAUAAAGAGCAGGUCACUUCCUGCUUCGUGCAUAGUGUCGUCAGGGAAAUUAGAGAAGAAGGGUAAACAUGCUGUAGCAGCUGGAGGCUUUUCGGAUGUCUGGCUUGGACACUACGAUGGUCAAGACGUAGCCCUCAAAGUCUUCCGGACAUAUGAAUCCAGCAGCGGAUUUUGUAACGAAGCCAUCCAGUGGAGGCGGCUACAUCAUCCCAACAUCACUCCGUUCAUCGGCAUAGACACCACACUCUUCCCUCUCUGUAUUCUAAGUCCCUGGAUGCCAAACGGAAAUGUGACCGCGUACUUGAAGACCAAUCCUACAGCGGAUCGCUUCGACCUACUCAUUGAUAUUGCCCAUGGUCUCGGAUAUCUUCACCGCAUGGGAAUGGUACAUGGCGAUCUCAAGGGGGCAAACAUCCUGAUUGACAGCGAUGGCCACGCACGUCUAUCAGAUUUUGGUCUUACGAGUGUUAUCUAUGACGGAGAUACAGUCAACACUGUGACUACAACGUCCAUUGCGCAUGGGUCUACGCGCUGGAUGGCGCCAGAGCUGCUUAACCCCGAAAGCAUAGGAGAAUCGCGCUCACGACCCUCAAGGAGGAGUGACAUCUAUUCAUUCGCUAUGGUUAUGUACGAGGUCCUCGCAGGUCGUCUCCCCUUCGAGGAGUGCCGUCGCGACCCGGCUGUGAUAUAUCAAGUCGUGGUGCUGCAGAAUCGCCCGAAGCGCCCUCCAGUGAACGACCUUUCCGACGACAUAUGGGCACUCAUGGAAGCAUGUUGGAAUAUGGAUCCUGGACAACGCCCAAACAUGCUGACUGCCCUGACACGGCUGUCAUCAGCAUGUGGGCGUCCAUCCCGACCGGAACCGGGAAUUGGAAAUAUCAACUCAGCUGAGUUCAAUGUUGCAGGCAGCUAUUUACCAGCAAGUGACGUUGAGACCGGAAGUGUUCCUGUAAUUGAGAUUGUACCGCCAACACCGCAUAUAGUCAGUGGUAUUGAGCACAUGGUGUUCCUCCUCGGAUUUCUGACAGGUAAGGAUAGCGUGUUGUGUCUCCGCCAAUCAUGGAUCAAGGUGGGUGGCCUCGUCAUCCACUUCUUUUGA